ACUCAUAUACACUUCCUUCAUUGCUGUUCUCUCUGUGAUUCGAACUCAUCAGUUUCUUCCCUACUCAAACCGCUUCACCCUCUUCGAAUUCCGCGAUUGUUCAUCAACAAUGGCAGGUCGAGGCAAAACCCUAGGAUCCAGCGCCGCCAAGAAGGCUACCUCACGGAGCAGCAAAGCCGGCCUCCAAUUCCCCGUCGGCCGUAUCGCCCGGUUCCUCAAGGCCGGCAAAUACGCCGAGCGUGUCGGCGCCGGCGCCCCCGUCUACCUCGCCGCCGUCCUUGAAUAUCUCGCCGCUGAGGUUCUUGAAUUGGCUGGAAACGCUGCAAGGGAUAACAAGAAGACUAGAAUUGUGCCUCGCCAUAUCCAAUUGGCAGUGAGGAAUGAUGAAGAAUUGAGCAAGCUUCUGGGAGAUGUGACUAUUGCUAAUGGCGGUGUGAUGCCCAACAUCCACAACCUCUUGCUCCCCAAGAAGGCUGGUGGGUCUAAAGCCGCUGCUGCUGAUGAUGAAUAGACGAUGCUGCUGCUGAUGAAUCAUGAACUGCGAUUGAAUUUGAUGACUUUAGUUUUUUUAAUUUGCCCCUUUUGGUUGUUAGGUUCGAACACUGGUUGAUCAAUGUGGUUUCUAGUUGAAGUUAGGUUUUCUGUUAGGUGUUGUGAAUAUAAAUUAUAUUCAGUUUGCUUCCUAUUAAGAUGGUGUUCUAAUUUUAUAUAAAUUUCCCCCCUUUAAAAUUGAUUAGAUA